AUGCAUCGCACUUAUUCUAUGCGCCAAACGAGGGCGCCCACCGCCUCUCAACUCCAGAACCCACCUCCUCCGCCAUCGACCACCAAGUCCGGUCGUCUGUUCCGUAGCGGCUUUGGCCAUGCCCUCCGUCACAAGUCUGCUGGCGCCUUUGGCCCAGACCUUGCUAAGAAGCUGUCCCAAUUGGUCAAGAUGGAGAAGAACGUGAUGCGCAGUCUGGAGCAAGUUGCCAGGGAACGCAUGGAAGUUGCCCAACAACUUUCAAUCUGGGGCGAAGCCUGCGAUGAGGAUGUUUCCGAUGUCACCGACAAGCUUGGUGUUCUCCUCUACGAGAUUGGCGAGCUUGAGGACCAAUACGUCGACCGAUAUGACCAAUACCGCGUUACCAUCAAGAGUAUUCGCAACAUCGAGGCUUCGGUUCAACCGAGCCGAGACCGUAAACAGAAGAUCACCGACCAAAUUGCUCAGCUCAAGUACAAGGAGCCCAACUCCCCGAAGAUUGUUGUUCUCGAACAAGAACUUGUGAGGGCCGAGGCCGAGUCGCUAGUCGCCGAGGCUCAAUUGUCAAACAUCACGCGCGAGAAGGUAAAGGCUGCUUACACCUACCAAUUUGACGCCUUACGGGAGCACUGCGAGAAGGUUGCUAUUAUUGCCGGAUACGGAAAGCAUUUGCUCGAACUCAUCGACGACACUCCCGUUACUCCGGGUGAGACCCGUGCUGCGUACGAUGGAUACGAAGCCAGCAAGGCCAUCAUCCAAGAUUGCGAGGACGCUCUUACCAACUGGGUCACCUCUAACGCCGCUGUCUCCUCUAAGCUCUCGACUCGCGCUCGCACUUUGUCGACCAGGCGCAGAAACAACAUCAAGGCACGUGCUGAGGGAGGCCACGACUUGUCUGGCCAAGACGCGCCCCUUAAUGACGACUCCUCAUGGAUGCCGGCCCAUAACAAGGAGACAGAGUACGAGGACGAAGAGGAUGAGGAGGACGAUAUUCACCACUCUGUCGUGGGAUCUGACGAUGGCUUGAACGGCGAGACCAGAGGACGUCAGCACGAAAGUAUCGUUGCAUAG